AUCGACAUGAAUACUUCAACACCACAAAUAUUCAGCACAGAUGAGUGGUACAGAAACAACCAAAGAAGAUUUAAUCAAUCUGAUAUUUCUAGAGCAGAAUGGUUCAGAAUAUGUCAACAAAGUAAGCAGUUAGCUAAGGAAAAGCAAAUUUUAACCGAUACUGUUCAAGAUUCUGUCACGAAAAAGAUUGCAGAAAGAGCGAAGGAUGUAUUUGACUGUCAGAAAGAUUUGGAGAAAACAAUUGAACAACUCACAACAGAAAUUAAAAAGUUAUCCAUGGAGAAAAAACGACUUGAAAAUUCUUUGAAUGAAGUGCAGGCUUGCCUUAUAGUUGCUCAAGAGAGUCUUGAUCUUAGGGAUCAAAGAAUAUCAUCUGACUUGGUUCAUGAUAAAACCGAAAAUGAGCUUCAAAGGGAGAUUGAAAUCAUCCAAACAUACCAGAAUUUGACUAAGAUGAUCGCUGCUGAAGUUGAAAAUCAAAUUCAGAGAAAUCAACAAGCAAAAACUGAGCUCGAAAGAGAUUGGAGUGACAAAUGGGAAGCUUAUAACAUCGAUACUAUUUGUGCACACAUGAAAAACACUUCUUCUGAGCAAAUAUCUUUCUACACUGGCCCACAGCGGAUACCUAACAAAUGGUCCACUCCUCAAGAAUGGAUUGAGUUUACAAGGCACAGGUUGUUUUAUGCAAGAGAUGAAAUUCGCAAGUCAGGCAAAUUAAGAGACGAAGUGAACACCCACCUCUUAAAUAGUUAUGAGAACUUACGCAGCCAAGCAGACGUGGUAGAGUCUUCACUAUCAAAAAGAAUAAAUGAAGUCAAUGAUAGUUUAUAUCGGCUGAAGAAUCAUUUGCAACUGAUAAUUUCAGACAUUGCUGAAGCGGAAAAAACAAUUAACUUUUUGAAGAAACAAAUACUCGAGAAGGAGGCUCCUUUGAAACAAGUUCAGACUCGUCUUCAUUUGAGAAACGAACGUCCAAAUGUUGAACUUUGUGAAGAUAAAGCACACACAGGAUUGAUUAUCGAAAGUCGUGAAAUUGCAGCAACCAUUCAAGCAUUACAAGAACAGCUUGCCAGAGUAGAAGCAUCACUGAGUAAUCUACUUGAGACAAGAAGAGAUUUAGAAAGAGAAAUUGCAAUCAAAGAAAACACCCUGAUGGUGGAUAAAGGUCGUGUUCAACCUCUAAGGAAAAAAUUUCCUCCUCGUCAUAAACUAUUAGGUCACUGAACAUUAAACUUCUUAAUGUGUUGACAGGAAGUACUUAGUUUUGAUC